CGCGGCAGGCCCCGCCCCCGCCCGCGGUCGCGCCGCCGGGCUCGGCGUGCGUGCGGCUCGCGGCGCCCUUCGCUGGCGUCGGCGCCCCGGCAGGCACCGGAGAAGCGCUUGUGAGCGCGGCGGCGCGAGGGCGGCUCCAGCCCUGGGCCCCGCAGCAGCGCCGCCGCCCGCGCCAGAAAUCGGCCUCGGACGAGAUGGAAGCGGAGAAGCGGCCGGCGCCCUACGAGGGCCUGUUUGCCGACGGGCACCUGGUCCUGUGGACGCUGUGCUCGGUGCUUCUGCCCGUGUUCAUCACCUUCUGGUGCAGCCUCCAGCGGUCGCGCCGCCAGCUACAUCGCAGGGACAUCUUCCGCAAGAGCAAGCACGGCUGGCGCGACACGGACCUGUUCAGCCAGCCCACCUACUGCUGCGUGUGCGCGCAGCACAUUCUGCUGGGCGCCUUCUGCGACUGCUGCGGGCUGCGCGUGGACGAGGGCUGCCUCAAGAAGGCCGACAAGCGCUUCCCGUGCAAGGAGAUCAUGCUCAAGAGUGACGGCAGGGCCCUGGACGCCAUGCCCCACCACUGGAUCCGGGGCAACGUGCCCCUGUGCAGCUACUGCGUGGUCUGCAAGCAGCAGUGCGGCAGCCAGCCCAAGCUCUGCGAUUCCAGGUGCAUUUGGUGUCAGAAAACAGUACAUGAUGAAUGCAUGAAAAGUAGCCUGAAGAAUGAAAAAUGUGAUUUUGGAGAAUUCAGAAACCUCAUCAUCCCCCCAAGUUAUUUGACCUCUAUUAAUCAGAUGCGUAAAGACAAAAAAACGGAUUAUGCGCUGCUAGCCUCUAAGCUUGGAAAGCACUGGACACCAUUAAUCAUCCUGGCCAACUCUCGUAGUGGAACUAACAUGGGAGAAGGGCUGCUGGGAGAAUUUAGGAUCCUCCUAAACCCUGUCCAGGUUUUUGAUGUAACUAAAACACCCCCCAUCAAAGCCCUGCAGCUUUGCACUCUUCUUCCCUAUCACUCAGCCCGGGUGCUCGUCUGUGGAGGCGACGGCACGGUGGGCUGGGUCCUGGACGCGGUGGACGAGAUGAAGGUUAAGGGACAAGAAAAGUACAUUCCCCAGGUCGCAGUCUUGCCUCUGGGAACAGGCAACGAUCUGUCCAACACCCUGGGCUGGGGCACGGGGUACGCCGGGGAGGUCCCGGUCGCACAGGUCUUAAGAAAUGUGAUGGAAGCAGAUACAAUUAAACUAGACAGAUGGAAGGUUCAAGUAACAAAUAAAGGGUACUACAACUUAAGAAAACCCAAGGAAUUCACCAUGAACAACUAUUUUUCCAUUGGACCUGAUGCCCUCAUGGCUCUCAAUUUUCAUGCUCAUCGUGAGAAGGCACCCUCUCUGUUUUCUAGCAGAAUUCUUAAUAAGGCUGUUUACUUAUUCUAUGGAACCAAAGACUGUUUGGUACAAGAAUGUAAAGAUUUGAAUAAAAAAGUUGAGCUAGAGCUGGACGGCGAGCGAGUCGAACUGCCCAACCUGGAAGGUAUUAUAGUUCUGAACAUCGGCUACUGGGGCGGUGGCUGCAGACUGUGGGAAGGGAUGGGAGACGAGACUUACCCUCUAGCCAGACACGACGAUGGUUUGCUGGAGGUCGUUGGUGUGUAUGGCUCUUUCCACUGUGCUCAGAUCCAAGUGAAGCUGGCAAACCCUUUUCGAAUAGGGCAGGCGCAUACAGUGCGGUUGAUUUUGAAGUGCUCCAUGAUGCCAAUGCAGGUGGAUGGGGAGCCGUGGGCCCAGGGGCCCUGCACGGUCACCAUAACUCACAAGACGCACGCACUCAUGUUGUAUUUCUCUGGAGACCAGACGGAUGAGGACAUCUCCAGUACUUCAGAUCAAGAGGACGUAAAGGAAACCGAGUUGACGGAUGAGGAAAUGCAAGUUUAGAGUAAAAUCCACACGCAGGCAGAUACGUGGUCGUCCAGAAGUUAGAAAUUCCUUAUCAGCUGUUUAGUCUGAAUUUCACCAGUAGUAUGAUGGGGAUACAUUUAUGUAAAUAGCAUUCCAGAAACAGCCAAAUUUCCGGUUGUUUACAGAUGCCUGUUCCUUUUUCAGGAAAACACCCCAGUCAUAUUGUACUAACUUUAAAAAGUCACAGAACGUUAAUUACUCGAAGGUGAGGUGUUUUUCGGGGCUUCUUAUUUGAGAGUGGGACUCGCUCUGAGCCCUGCCCCCCUCAUUCCUUAUUCUCAAAUACACAUUGAUGGGCCCAUUACACGUCCAGCAAGAUGUAGGUGGAAAAAUCAUUGCCAUCUUAAUUCUUAAGGGGUAACACAAUAACAUUUUAAAAAUGAACCUGCUUUUUUGAGAGGAGAUGAUGUGUCCAGCCAGCACGGGUAAUGCGGGCCUUCCUCCUGCAGCUUGUCUCUGACAGCUUUCUGCAGCCCAGCAGAGCAGAUCCCUGCGGAUCUAUUUCCAGAAAACCUACAAGGAGAAAUGUUAAAGAAAGACAAUACUUAAAUUUUUGUUGUAAUUUUUAUCUUGAGAGCAUUUUCAGACCCCCAAAUGUUGCUUGCUUAACCCUGUUAAUGACCACGUUGAACUCGAAUUCAGCAUCUUGUUUAUGACCCCGUGUAGACGGAAGACAACCACAUAGGUGAAUUGGUGAAGGUUAACAUUGAGAACACUUUGGAUUGAAAGUUAGGGUUUUCAAGCUGGAUGGUUGACCUGUUUCUCCUGAAAAGAAGACAGUAUCAACAAUUCAAAAAAAGUACUGCAGAAAAUUUAUUAGUCAUAGUAAUUGCUCAAAAACUUCUAAAAGUUCAGUGGUCUUGUAGUAUUUGAAGUCAGUAGUCUUUUAUAUCCAAAGUACUUAACAGAAUCCAUGGAUUCAAAAAAAAAAAAAAGAAUCCAUGGAUUCUGUUAA